CGCUUUCCACAGGUGCAACCAGAUGGCAGCGCGUCCGCUGCAGCGUCCACUUGGCUAACUUGGCUUGUGCACGUCGGCGGUCAGCUACCACCGCAGGCUCACGUCAGUAUCUGCUUUUAUGACGUGUGUUGUAUUCAUUCCGAGACCCGUUGGUCUUCGCAGUGAACUUCGGAAGAUCAGCAGCAAUGAACCACGCAUCAUAUAGGAUACAUAUCGUCUGAAAAUAGAUGUUGUUGCCGGUCACUGUCGUCAGGAGGCUGAAAUUGCUCCGUGUUCGGUGUUUAUAAAAAAACAAGGACGCAUCACCACACGGGUGGUGAUGUAGCAGUCUUCCAAUGGCACUGAUGACGAUGUCCAUGAAGAGCGCCCCUUCCAAGGGUCCCGUCAGCUCUCCCCUCGCCUGUGCCAUGGAAAGUUCGAGCAGCCGAAUGCAGCGCAACUUUGCCGAGAAGCAGCGUCGGGACAAGCUGAACAGCUACAUCAAUGAGCUGGCCAACAUUGUGCCCAUGGUCUCCAUGGCUUCCAAGCGGCUGGACAAGACCAGCAUUCUCCGGCUCAGUGCAGCGCACCUCCGCUUUUAUCAGACACCACUUGCCUCUGAACGAGGAAAAGUUACGAAAACCAAGUGGAGACCCAAAUUUCUCAGCACUGAUCACCUAAAAGAUCUCCUCGAGGUUGUCGAUGGCUUCGUGCUAGUCACCUCAACAACGGGCAAGAUUAUAUACAUUUCUCCAUCAGUGGAGCGCUUUCUCGGCCAUCAAAAUAUUGAAAUGAUUGGUCACUCCAUCUUCACGUUCCUGCACUCUGCGGACGUGCAGGCCGUACAUGACUGUUUUGAGUCGCUGGUCAGAGGGCCCAUGCAGCGCCGAGGCGACUGGAUCAGUUCAGAGCGAUGCUCUUUCUUCUGCCGCAUUCGUGAGCGCAGCCAACCUCGCUCCGAGGUGCUCACUUACCAGGUAAUCCAGGUGGUGGGCCACUUGACUGGGCCAGCCUCGGACAAGGCCGAUGGGCCAGGCUCCAAUUGCCUUUUCAAAACCUUCGUGCGGCUGGUCAACACCAACCCAUACAAAGAGCUUUCCCUACGAGAGGCCUGCCAGGACGAGUAUGUCACACGGCAUAAACUCGACGGCACCAUCAUUUUUGCGGACCACAGGCUGUCUACUCUGACGGGUCACCUUCCUCAUGAGGUGUUGGGAGUGUCAGCCCACAAGUACCUGCACCCAAGUGACAUGGCCAUCGCCAUGUUUGCACAGAAACAAAUGUUUGCCAGCAACUCAGGGAAAGGUGUUGUUGUCUAUCGUCUGAGGACUCGUGAUGAUUCGUUCAUUUUCCUCCGUUCUUCAGGCUAUCUGCAAUACGACCAAGGCACAAUGCAGAUGGACCACUUUGUGUGUAUCAACACGCUAAUGACGGAAGAGGAAGGACAACGAGAACUACAGACCUUCUUUGAGCGCUUCUCACCGCACAUCACAGCCAUGUCCGUGCAAGAGCUUGGCGAGUUCUUUGCCUCGUACGCAGCCCGUCGCACAGCCAAGCUGGCUGGCUUCACCGAGGGCAACGCCACGCAAAACCCCCUGUCCCUGUCGCGGUUGGUGGAGCCCAACCUAUACCUGGGCUCAGACUGCCUCGUCAAGAUCAAGAGGGAGCCCCACGACCUGCAGAGCGAUGCCCUCAUCCACGGUUCAGAGGCGGCGCACGGCUCCUGGCACAUGAGCCAAGAAUCGUCCUUUCAAAACUCUGUACAGCAAGACGACAACUACGACGACGAUGACGAAGACACAUAGUGGUACUAGGAGACACGAUUAUGCUGUACAGACUCCCCUAUCAUGUGCGCGUGUGAACAUUUCAUGAGGACUUUGCAAGCCUGCACCACCGAACUGUGUGUGUGUGUGUGUCAGUGUUUGUGCACUGAACUUGCAUGGAAAAAAAAAACUGACGGCCAGUGCAAUAUAGUGCAGUGUGCAGUCUGGUCUGUGGAAGGGACCAAAGCAACAAGGCUGCUUCUGCUGUUCCCGCAGGGUGGCGCAACACACCACACUCGCUUUCCCUCUCUCUCUCUCUUUCUCAUGACCGCCACCGCUGUGCUCCGCCCCUUGUUGCCAUACUUCCCUGUCGCACAAAGGGUCUAGCGGUCGAGACCAGGACAUUGGGGGGAAACAGACUGUAGUAGGUUGCAUUGUGAGAUCUUUUUCUUAUUCCCCCACUCGCAGCAUUGUUCUUGUUCGCAUUUUGGGACAUUUUUUUUUUUUUUCGCAGUGUUGAGCAUCUGGUGUGUCUUUUUUUUUUUAUCUAAUGCUGCACAGGCACCGCAAGAAUUGUUUUGUCCAAAGCAAUGUGUGCAACUCCCUGUUUUGCGGUGCAGAACAUUCUAGUCUUUCUCAUGUGCUUCACUGUUGAUUUCUCUUUUUUUUUUAAUAUUAUUUUUUUUUUACACCACUACCCAUCAUCUCCAUUAGGGUGGCAGUGUCAUGUGCAGUCCUUAAAUGAGAGCCUUGAAGGAGUUAUUUUCAUAUUGUCAUGUUGGGAAGAUAACAUGAUAUAUAUAUGUAUAUAUAUAUAUAUAUAUAUUACAUACAUAUAUAUAUAUGUACACUCGCGCACACACGCACACACACACACACACACACACACACACACACACACAAAUAUACUCCCAGUGCUCAAUGAUUCGCAUCUUUGAAUGUAGUUUUAGAAUCGGACAAAGCUCAAAUCAGCCUGUGGUUGCAUUUACCAAGGAUCUCUGGCUUUGGCGUUAGAAAGUGUUUGGAAUUGCAUGACCAAUGAAUUAGCAAGAGGCAGCAGUCAAAGCAUAAUCUACAGUGAUAUGUCAGUAUGCCUGAGCUUUUCACCCUCCUUCACCCUCAACCCAAUUGCCUGGUCACGUGACCAUCCAACGUUGCGGCCAGUUUUGAACCGGGACUUAGUGCAAAUCAUCACAUCGCUCUUCUCCCCCAUAGCGCCCUUCUAUCACCCCUUUUCUUCACCUGGCUGUUCUGUUUGUAUGUACAAAAAAAAAAGAAAGGGCAUGCAUGACAACAUAUUUAAUAUACGUGUAUGUCUCUAGUGCAAUCGGAGAGUGCUUGUAAAUGUGCAUUGUGAUCGUGCACAACUUUUUUCCAGGCAAGCCGCAGUCGUUGCUCUUUUUUACAUUUUUGGCGUCUCGGUGUUGUUGUCCAGUAAAGCCACUGGAAGUUUGUUUCUCCUUAGGCUUGUUUACCUUUUUUUUGUUGAUUGGUUGGUUGAAGGCAGAUAUUAGAAAAAAAAGUAAAAUAACCACUGAUAUGCUUCACUCACAAGUUGUUUGGGGCUUCUACAGGGCCAGAUAAGCUUCUCUAGAUUCUAUAUUUUAGGGCUCAAGCACUGCCGAGCAUUGCUUAUAAGGGCCCUGUGCGGCACAAUCGUUACUUGAGGAGCACCAGGAACUCUUCGCUUUUGAAGGAAAGAGAGAGAAAAAAUAUAUAUAAGGCUAUUUUUUACUAGUGCUUUUUGAGGUGGGUUAGCUUGUAGCCAAGAUAUCAAAAGGACAGUUUGCCGCUGCCCGCUGCAGAGCUGUUUUUACUGAAUUGUUAUCGAGCACUCCUUCACUGAAAAAGCUGUGCAAAAAUGUAUAAAAAAUGCGAGGGAAAUGCUUGAUUGGAAGUCAUAGCUUGGUGGUAAUCUUUACUGUGGAUAGCGUUACGUGCAUUGGAGGGGUGCUACAUCACUGGAGCUUCUACAGAACACUGUUACCUUUUUGCGGCUUCUAAUUUUUAAACAUGUUGAUGUUUGGAAUUUUCUUAAAUGAAGUAUUCAUAUUGCACUUGUAACAUAUUUUUAUGUCCUUUUGCAGCAUGCCUGUGUGGUUGUAAGGCACAACUUGUUACCUGGCUCAAGUUUUCUUGUAAACUCUAGUUGAAAGCAUGUGAAAUGUGUAUAAAAUGCCUUGUGAUAUAUGACAGCCAUUGUGUAGUUCAAAUGAAAAAAAAAAUACAUUUGGAA